GCGGCGGCCGAGAAGAUGGCGGACGGCGACAGCGGCAGCGAGCGCGGCGGCGGUGGCGGGCCCGGCGGCUUCCAGCCCGCGUCUCGCGGCGGCGGCGAGCAGGAGACGCAGGAGCUGGCCUCGAAGCGGCUGGACAUCCAGAACAAACGCUUCUACCUGGACGUGAAGCAGAACGCCAAGGGCCGCUUCCUCAAGAUCGCCGAGGUGGGCGCGGGCGGCUCCAAGAGCCGCCUCACGCUGUCCAUGGCGGUGGCCGCCGAGUUCCGCGACUACCUGGGCGACUUCAUCGAACACUACGCGCAGCUGGGCCCCAGCAGCCCCGAGCAGGUGGCAGCGGCAGCGGGCGCCGAGGAGGGCGGUGGGCCGCGGCGCGCGCUCAAGAGCGAGUUUCUGGUGCGCGAGAACCGCAAGUACUACCUGGACCUCAAGGAGAACCAGCGCGGCCGCUUCCUGCGCAUCCGCCAGACGGUCAACCGCGGCGGCGGUGGCCCGGGGCCCGGCGGCCUGCAGAGCGGCCAGACCAUCGCGUUGCCCGCGCAGGGCCUCAUCGAGUUCCGCGACGCGCUGGCCAAGCUCAUCGACGACUACGGCGGCGAGGACGACGAGCUGGCUGGGGGCCCGGGCGGCGGUGCCGGGGGCCCCGGGGGCGGCCUGUACGGGGAGCUCCCGGAAGGCACCUCCAUCACGGUGGACUCUAAGCGUUUCUUCUUCGACGUGGGCUGCAACAAGUACGGAGUGUUCCUGCGCGUGAGCGAGGUGAAGCCGUCCUACCGCAACGCCAUUACCGUCCCUUUCAAGGCCUGGGGCAAGUUCGGGGGCGCCUUUUGCCGGUAUGCGGAUGAGAUGAAAGAGAUCCAGGAGCGGCAGAGGGAUAAGCUUUAUGAGCGACGCGGCGGAGACGAGUCAGAGGGAGAGGAGGUGGAUGAGGAUUGAAACGCCUAGCUUCCCCUACGGGCCUCCCCACCCCACCACUAGAGAGCCCCCCUUCCUGUUCAUCCCAGUGAGCUAGUGGAGGGGGAGCAAGGGAGGCCCCAGAAGGAGAAGACAAAAUUUAAAAUAAUAUAGUUAAUUAAGAGAAAUAACCAUAAGAGAGAACAGUCACGGACAAUUAGAGAAAAGCAGUAAAGUUCCAAGGAAUUGACAGCAACCUACAAAGAGAGGACGACAGCGCCUCCUCACCUGAGCAAAAGUCUCAACUUCUGUUGCUUCCCAGCUGAGGUUCCUAAAUCCAUCAGGAUAAUCCUGGGUGGGGUAGAUCCUUGCACAUUGGCCAAGGAACACCUCUUGAGUUACCCAGACCCACUGAUGACAGCUGAAUUUGUAUUAUACCUGGGGUAACCUGGUCUUAAGAUAGUGUCUUAUCCCUUCACCUCCAUUGAAAUCAGCGUUUUGGAUCUAGAUCUUCAUGGAAUUCUUGUGAAGAGAGAGGCAUUUGCAGUUACCCAGUUCUGAGGGUACAAGUUUUAUGAAAAGGAAUGCAACUUUAAGUAAUCAUAGACAGGGCAAAAUAAGAAUUCAAGAAGCCACCAGGGAAUACAGAAACAAGUCGGAUCCAUUUUUUUUUUUAAUGGUUUUGCAUGGAACCUGGAACAAGGUCCAUGUCUUGUCUUUGCAGAAUUAUUUUCCGGGAUGCAGAUGGAUUCAGGUGUCAGUCCUUGAACUAGAAUCCGUUAUUAUAAUAUUUUGGAAGUUGGCAAAAUUU